AUGACCAGCGUCCGGUGCCUCGCCAGCCUCCUGCUGCUCUCCGUCUAUACAACUCCAGUCACCUCCAACAUCACCACUGAAGCCCCGCCAAUAUGUGGAAGCCCAGUCAUCUCCAAUCGGAUCGUUGGUGGCACAGAUGCAAGUGAAGGAGCAUGGCCCUGGCAAAUCAGUCUCCGGUACCAAGGUUCCCACAUCUGUGGCGGUUCCUUGAUUUCCAACCAGUGGGUGCUCUGCGCCGCACACUGCUUUGCAUGGUCUACAAAUCCCUCCGACUACAAGGUCGUCCUCGGAGAGUACCAGCUGAAAACCACCAGUCCUCACCAGGUUGAGUCCACCGUACAAAGUAUUAUUGUGAAUGCCCAGUACAACGGAGCUGGCAGCUCUGGGGACAUCUCCUUGAUUAGACUGUCCAGUCCUGUUACUUAUACUGAGUACAUCCUGCCAGUCUGUGUGCCAGCCGCAUCCAUGAGCUUCCCUGGUGGCACCAACUGCUGGGUUACUGGAUGGGGCAAUACAGGAUUUGAUGUUAAUCUUCCGUACCCGCAGACUCUGCAGCAGGUCACGGUGCCUCUGAUCAGCACCAGUGCCUGUGAUUCCAUGUACCACCUCAACUCCAUCAUUGGUGCCAGCCAAGAGAUCAUUCCAAAUGACCAGAUCUGUGCAGGAUACCAGGCUGGGAAGAAGGACUCCUGCCAGGGUGACUCCGGGGGACCCCUGGUCUGUAAAAUAAAUGGAUUUUGGUAUCAAGCUGGUAUCGUAAGUUGGGGAGAUGACUGCGCCCUGCCCAACAGGCCUGGAGUUUAUACGUACGUCCCUUAUUACCACGACUGGAUCCACUCACAUGGAGCCACGCGUUUCGUGUCAUCAUCCUCCAUAUUUACUGCAUCAGCAUUACUACUGAUCAUCUGCCUAUUGCUUGCGUCAGAUCUUCCCUCGGGCUUCAGUAUUAAGUAUCUAGAAAACCAGGCAAGAAGAGAACAAUGUGGAGUGAAACCAUCUUCCUUACAGCAGCACAAGCUUCCAGUCCUAAGAAGGUUACUUCUUUAUAAUGAGCACAGGCUGGUCACACCUCGGCCCUCCUCCUCACUGCUGACCUCUCCGUGCGGGUCACCUGUAGUCACCACCAGGAUAGUUGGCGGAACAGAUGCUGUGGACGGAGAAUGGCCAUGGCAAGUCAGCGUGCACUACAAGGGAAGCCAUAUUUGUGGGGGGUCCCUCAUCUCCACCCAGUGGGUGUUGAGUGCGGCCCACUGCUUUGAAAACUCCGUUUCGGCGGCAGAUUAUCAGGUUUACUUGGGUUUCCAUCGCCUUUGGGUGAAGCCUCCGCCUCAGGCUGUUAUUUCUGGGGUCCACACCCUGAUUGUCAGCGCUGAAUAUAAGGGGAUGGGCAGCAGGGGGGACAUCGCCCUCCUGAGGCUGUCUGCCCCCAUCUCCCCCUCCCCGUACAUCCUGCCCGUCUGCCUGCCCUCCGCCUCCGUCACCUUCCCCUGCGGCCUGGAGUGCUGGGUGACCGGUUGGGGCCACACGGCCUUCCACGGAGAUCGUCCUUCUAACGGGACCCUGCAGAAGGUCAGGACACCACUGAUUGACCAUGAGACAUGCGACACUUUGUAUCAUAUCUGGUCCCUCGACUACUCCACCAUCAUCCAGGAGGACAAAAUAUGCGCUGGUUUUGUGAAAGGGCAAAAAGACUCCUGCCAGGGAGACUCUGGAGGACCCCUGGUGUGUAAAGUCGAUGGUGUCUGGUAUCAGGCUGGCAUUGUAAGCUGGGGAGAAGGCUGUGCUUAUCCGUUUCGCCCAGGGGUCUACACCCUAGUUCCAGCCUAUGAGCAGUGGAUCAGAACGUUUGUGGAUGUGAACUUUACCGAUGUGACAGACAUGGCUGACCCCCCUUUACCGUGUGCAGACGGCCUGGACAAUAUAGAAUCUCUUGAGAGUAAAGGAAACAUUGGAGGAGAACAUCAUGGGUGGACGCCGCUGGUUCCACUGCUUCUUCUCUGGAGAUGUUUAUAA